AUGCUUUUUUCGCUAUCUUUCUCGCUCUGGUCCGUUGCCGUCCUCCUGUUGGCGACGGCUUUCUCCAGAUACCGCCGUCUGUCUUCCAUCCCAGGCCCGUUACUUGCAUCCUUUACGAGCCUCUGGAGGUUCUUUGUCACUGAAUAUGGAGGAUUCACACAGCCACUCAAAGAACUCCACGACAAGUAUGGGCCCUUGGUGCGAAUUGGUCCAAAUACCGUGAGCGUCGCCGACCCUGCCGCGAUUCCUGUGAUUCAUACGAUGCACGGGGAAUUCAAAAAGGCCCAGUCUUAUGCAACUUUGAGGGCUCUUGUGAACCGCAAAGUCCUCGGUACCGUUAUCGACAUCAUGGACGAGAACGAAGUGUCAGCUCUCAAGCGGGCAGUUGGAGGCGCAUUCGCAACCAAAAACCUACUGGAUUAUGAGCCCGAUGUCGACCAUGCUAUCGAGACACUCGUUCAGGCCAUUCGCAAGACCCGAAAGAUACCACUCCUCGAUGUUAUGCAGCAAUUCCAAAUCGACUUUCUUCUGAAGGUGGCUUUCAGUAGAGACACAGAUUACCUGACAACUGGGAGAUCAGUGGCGCCAGUCUCGGCCCAUAGACGGCUAAUACAUUGGGCCCGGUGGCAAAGCAUGCCUGCCCUUGAGAGCCUCCUUUUCAAGUCUCCGCUCUCUUGGGCAUGGUACAGCGAGCAGGGGAAACCUCAGGCGUGGACGGCCAUGGCGAUCGAAGAGUUCAACAAGCGAAGGGACAAAGCGUCAGAGGGUUUGAGUGACAAGCCUGAUCUCAUGGCCAAGUACCUGGAUGGACGCAGUCGGCACAAAGACAGCAUUUCAGACGAAACCAUCCUGAGGAUGAUCUCGAGCACCAUCGCCGCUGGGUUCGACACCUCGGCCUUCACCAUGACCGCCAUCAUCUACUACCUCCUCAAGUAUCCCGAGGCAAUGAAGAAGCUGCGCUCGGAGAUAGACGAGGCGCGUCACGCAGGCCGCCUCUCCACACCACAACCACGAUUCGUGGAGACAGACAGGCUGGAAUAUCUCGGUGCAGUCAUCAAGGAGACCAUGCGGAUGCGACCAUUCGUCCGACCGCUGCUGGAGAGAGAGGUGCCUCCCGGAGGUGCCGUCAUCGCUGGGAAGUUCCUCCCGGGCGGCACGACGGUGGGCGUAUCGGUUUCGAACGUGCAUUUCGAUCGCACUGUCUUUGGUAAGGACGCCGACGAAUUCAGGCCCGAUCGCUGGCUUGACCCCGACCCUCAACGCCGAGUCUUGAUGGAGAGGUCCGUGCUCGGAUUCGGAGCUGGCAAGCGCGUCUGCUUGGGCAAACACAUUGCAGAGCUGGAGAUGAAGAUGGUGAUUCCCAGGAUCCUGCUCGAGUUCGAUCUCUCCCUUGAGGACCCAACCUACCAUUUCGAGCCACGAGACAAGUGGACUAACUUCCCGAAACCGUUCUCUGUCAUCUGUCGAGACAGGAAUUGA